CUUAUUAAAAUGUUUGUUUUUGUAAUGGUUUAAUUGUUUUAAGUGAUUUAUGGAGUGAUUAUUUCACGGUCAUUUACUUGGAUUACUUAGUUUAAACAUGGAUAUUUUUCUCUGCAAAAUGUUUUACCUUGUAAUUGUUAUAAUAGCAGGCCAAGUAAAUGCUCAACAACAAUAUUUUCGGGUCUUGCCUAAGGACGUUAUAGUACACGAAGGAGGCGAAGCUAUGCUGGAGUGCGAAGUUGCUAAUUUAGCCGGUCAAGUUCAAUGGACCAAAGACGGAUUUGCUUUAGGUUUUUUGGCUGUAAUUCCCGGAUUCCCUCGUUACUCUGUGAUAGGGGACAGAAGACAUGGAGUUUACAAUCUGAGAGUGAGCAACGCUUCCCUAGAGGAUGACGCCGAGUACCAGUGCCAGGUGGGACCGGCGCGACUUCAAAAGGCUAUCAGAGCCAACGCCAGACUCAACGUUAUUUCCCCUCCAUCGUCGGUAGAGAUAUUAGAUCAUGCUUCAAAUUCGAAAAUUGAGAUAAAAGAAAAUCAAGAAUUUGCUUUGGAAUGUAGGGUUAAGAAUGCAAAACCUGCAGCCAAAAUUGUUUGGUACAGAGGCAAUGUGGAGAUCAAUAUACCGAGUCGUGAAGACCAAGUCAUCGAGGUUUUGGCGCAGAACAAAGACAAACGUGUAACGCGAUACGAUACUCAUUCAAGAAUAACUCUUAAACCAACAGCUGAAGAUGAUUUUGCAGAAUACACUUGUGAAGCUAGACAUGAAGCAUUAUCGCAAGAUAUUCCCUUCAGAACAACUGUUCAACUUAGCGUUCUAUAUCCACCAGCUAUGCCCUACAUCGAGGGAUAUGGUGAAGGGGAGACAGUUCGAAGGGGGCAAACUGUUGGACUCGUAUGUAGAUGCAGAGGUGGAAACCCUCCAGCUCAACUCAUUUGGUACAAAAAUGGAGAACAAAUUAGAAUGGCUUAUAGGACAUCAGGAAGGAUAUCAGAAAAUAUUUAUUCAUUUACUGCUGAUGCCAGUGAUAAUAAGGCCAAAUAUAAAUGUGAAGCCAGCAAUAUAAUGUCAAAAUCACCAUUGAAGGCAGAAGUUCAAAUGACAGUUUUAUUUUCUCCAGAUCAUGUUACCAUAUCCGGGCCUACAGAAGCAAGAGUAGGUGAUCCGGUACCAUUAACUUGUACCACAGCCAAUUCCAAUCCGUCUGCAGAAAUUAAGUGGGUAGUAAAUGGAAGAAAUAUUCGUAACGCUACAUCAAGACAAAUUAUUUCACCCGAAGGCGGAUGGAUCACUACUUCUAAUAUUACUGUUGUUAUUGAACCACAUCGAAAGUUUUUAUUGGUAAAUUGUCAAGCUUUCAAUAUGCAACUUACGGAAAAUGUCGGAUCUACUCAUCAUGUUAAUGUUUUAUAUCCACCUGGUCAUCCAAUAAUCCAAGGUUUCACAAAAGAUUCACAUAUCCCAGCUGGUACAAUCCAAAAGAUUUCUUGUACUUCCUCUGGAGGAAACCCAUUAGCUACGAUCACAUGGUAUAAAAACGAUAAGAAAAUUCAUUCCACUGUACGAACGAGUGAUAAAAUUACAACAGCAGAAAUCACUAUCUUGACAAAUAUCACUGAUAACGGAGCCGUGUACAAAUGUGAAGCCGCCAAUUCUGCUACUGAAAUCCCUUUGAUUGAAACUUUGAAUAUGAGUGUAUAUUUUCCCCCCGAUCACGUCAGAAUUCGGCAGGAACCGGAAGAACUUAAGCCCAACGAAGAAGGAACAUUGAUCUGUGAUUCAAGCUCCAGUAAUCCACCUGCAAAGUUAUCUUGGUGGAAACAAGGCAUUCCCGUACUUGGUUUGAUGAAUACUACUAAACCUGGACUACACGGUGGUACGGUAUCUACCAUUGAAAUGAAAAUUAAUGUAACCGAACAAAUGAAUGGUAUAGUGUAUACUUGUCAAGCGAGCAACGAAGCUCUAUCUCGAUCCGUACAUGAUGCUAUAACUCUUCAGGUGUUGUAUAAACCAGUGUUUGAUCCAAACAACGAAGUCACUGUUACUGGCAUUGAAAACGAACCACUCAUAAUAUAUUUAAAAGCUGAUGGCAAUCCUGCUAAUAUUGCAUACACUUGGACUAAAGAUGGUUUACCAAUAACUCCACAAAGUUCUGCUAAUGGAAUCGAGAGGAUUAUUUCAGAGGGACAUGUUUUAAAUAUAACCAAAUUGAGUAGGAAUGAUGCUGGAACGUAUAUGUGUGAAGCUUUGAAUUCUCAAGGAAGUAGCAUCGCCACUGUAAAUGUUACUGUUCAAUAUUCUGCAUCAAUAAUUCAAACUAGUGGAAACGUUAUUGCUGAACCAAAAGAAGAUGCGACACUUUCUUGUUCUGCUGAUGGUAACCCUCUUGCCGAUGACACAAUUACGUGGAAAAGGGACGAUUUUCCCGAUUUUGCAGCUAGAACAUCCGUAAUGUACGAUAAGAACGGAACAUCUUACCUCCGAAUAACAAGUGUUACCAGAGAAGACCUCGGUAAUUUCAUUUGUACUGUUAACAAUGGAGUUGGAAACUCUUCCUCCAAAGAAGUUAUGUUGAUUGUUAAACAUAAGCCCGAAAUUGACACUAAUCCUCAAUUCAUCAAAUUCGCCAGUGAUGCAGGUGAAACUGGAAAAUUAAUUUGCAGAAGUCAAGCGUCGCCAUUGGCGAGAUAUACUUGGGCCAGAAAUGGAUCACCCAUCAAUCCAAAUACAACUGGAAAGUAUUAUACUACUUAUACACAGAUCGAUCAACUAGUAUCUGAAUCAACCCUAUACAUCACGCACGUAACUUCCGCUGACUACGGUAACUACGAAUGCGUAGCUCGAAAUGAAAUAAGUUUUUCUACAAAAUCAUUACGCCUAGAAGUAACUUCUGCACCUGAUACUCCCACUCUUUUAACUGUGCUUAAUGUAACACAUGAUAGCGUCACUUUAGGCUGGACUCCAGGAUUCGAUGGUGGCAUGAAGGCUUCUUAUAGAAUACGGUAUAGGAAAGUUGAUGACGAAGGAUAUAAAUAUGAAGAUGUCGUUGGCGAUAACGUCACCACUCACGUGGUUAAAGAUUUGGAUAUCAACACACAAUAUGUGUUCUCGAUAAUGGCGUCUAACAAAUUAGGUAGCAGCAAGUUUAUGCCAGAUUUAUUAUCAGCAAAGACUUCAGUAUUUGUUGGAAAUGAAGAAGCUCAGAAAGUCAUUCCUGAGGAUAUUUUAGAGAAACAAGAUUUACCUAGAAUAGUCAUAAUCAGCGUGUCUGUCAUAGGCGUUAUUCUUUUGUUUAUUAAUAUUGCCUUGGUUACUGGUUGUAUGUUAAAAAGGAGAGCUAAAAGAAUGAGAGAACAAAAUAACCAAACUAGCAAAUCAGCAACAAUUGAAAUGUAUGCCCCCAGUAGCUACAAUGAUACCGUCACAGGAGAGACACUGUCAUCAGUUAGCGAGAAGAGUGAAACCUACAGUAACGAGGAAAUUAAUCACGAAUAUUUAGAUGAUAACCGAAAGCCAACAAGCAAUUCAUACUUGAUUGAGCAUCAACCGGAUUACCCAGGUAAAUCUUUCGUCGCUGCACCAUCGCCAGCUCCACCAGCAGACGGUUCCUACUUCAAUAUGUCCGAUCGUUACUUAUCGUAUCCUCCACCAUUAGACUUUCAAACUCCGCCUCCCAUACCAGCUCAUCCACACCUGACGCAUACACACGCGCCGAUGACUCCACCACUUCCAUCUAACGGCUCACUUUUACGUCAUGCAAGAGCUGUGCCACCCCCAGAUGUAUUGCAUAAUACCAAUACAAACAACCAAAUACUCCAAGCUCAAAGUUUGUCUCAAAAACGCGAGCUCACAAGUUUCGGUAACGGUUAUGGUGUCAACGAACAGGAAGGACAUCUUGUUUGAGACCAGGGGGAAAUUUUGUACGUUUUGUAAAGUGCGUUGGGGUGUGUUUGUCCAAUACUUUUAUAUAUAAAAAAAUACGAGAAAAGACUGUUGUGUAAAUAUUUUAAAUGAACUCGAUGAAUACUUAAUUAAUGUGAUUUUAAUUAAUAUCAUUGCAAUACUGUGUAAAGGACAAUGUUCAUGCAGGUAGAAAAUAUUCAGGUUUUAUAUAUUGAUAAGAAUCAAUGAUUAUUUUGUUUUAUAUUUUACGUUGAUUUAACUUUCUAAUCAUUAGGAGGAGUUCAAACAGUUCAAUUCAGUUUUUUUUAUAAAGUGCCUUUUACGUGGUCAGUUCAGUUUUCAUUUCCGUCUCCGUUUCAGUCGAAAUGUCAGUUCAAUAGUUUUGAGGUCCUUUUACAUAGUCAAAUCAGUUCUCAGUUCAGUCUCAGCCCGUUUUAAAAUCCAGAGCCAUCAUAAGUCGGGCUUUAAGGUCUGCCCCCCACCAAGCAGUAGAUAUUUCUUCCAUAACAUCAACUCCUUUUUGUGCUUUUGCUACAAUAUUAUUUAUGUGUUUUGUACAUUUUAUUUUUUCGUCUAGUAAAUAUUUGAAUUAUGUAAAAAACUUAAUAGACUCUUCAUAAUUUUUUUUUGUUGUGUUAAUAUUGAAGAUUUUUGAAUCGAGAGCUGCAGGUAAUUCAAUCCAUCUUACCAUAUUAUAAAAAGACUCAUUUAUAUCCCUCAUUGUUUGGUGGAUGUUUGUUCGUUCAUUUCGCUAUUGAGACUAAGUCAUCAUCGAAUGCGAAUAACUUCCUCUGCCGUCAAAUCAAACAUUUAAUGUAAUCCUCUACAAAUUUCCGUUGGUCUUUUUUUUAUUACAAAAUUCGCAUCAACCCUAUACUGGUUAUUAGAGAUUCAGUUUUUUCUAACCGGAAAAAUUAAGUGUUUUAUCUACAGAUAUUUGUUAAAUUAAGUUUAUGAUCGAGAUCCUAAAAUUCCACGUAUUGUUCCAAGUGGUAGAUUUGAUGAUGAUAUUUUUGAGUUGAAAGAUGGACAUUCUGCGAUUAUGUCUUUACAAUUGUAGUUACUAUCUCUACUUAUAGCUUCCUUAGAGGCCAGGUCUGCCUCUUCGUUUCCUUUUAAUGCAGUUGCUGCCUGAUUUUGAUUGCUAAGGAAUUUGUGGUGUGAAUUUUUUGAAGAGUGUGGAUGGACUUAAGAGAAUAUGUGACUUUGUGGUUCGUUUGAUGAAGCGGCGAUGUGUGUAGUUCGAUAUAUUGCAUCAGUGAAAGUGGAUGGGGUUUCGUCUUGAGAUUUCGAUGGGUAAAUGUGUUCAAAAUUUUUGUACUCACUGAGUAUGUUAUUGGUGUGGUGUUUGUUGAAUAAGAUGAGCUGGGUAGAGAACUUGAUGCUUUCUAAUGUCCAUGAUGGAGUCUGAGAAGAUUCGAUAGGAAGGCAUGCAGGAAUAAUAUGAUCUAAUACGAGCAUAGAAAGGUUUGGGGUUUCUGGGUUUAUUUGAAAAAAGAUGUGGAUAUUCCUUGGAGAAGUAAUUUUGGAGAAUAGGAUUGGAAUGAUCCGUAGGUCUUGAUAGUCUUGCUAGAGCUUGUUUAUUAAAUCGAUAGUUUUUGUGGUAUUUUUAGCUUUGCCAGUUUAUUUAAUAGGAUAGAUCACAUUAUCGUAGGCUGCUUUGAUAUCAAGAAAAACAGCUGAGGAAUAACUAAUAAUUUUUUAUUUUUUUUUAAAUGAAGCUUUUCCAGUUUUUAGUACAUCCCGUUUGAGUUUGGGUUUUCUUUCAGUUUUUAUCUUUUCACACCUAGGAAAAACUAACAGUUCGACUGAGGCUGAAAAUGAACUGAGGAAUACUAAGACCGUUAUUUUUACAUGAAAGGUCAGUUGUUCGUUUUAGUGAUUCAUUUCUCGACGUUCGGAUCCUUCUUAUCUCAUAAGCAAGGGUUUGAUUUGUACAUUUUGAUGAAUUCACAAGUAAAAUCUUGUUGUUUCAACAUAGUUUAAUAUUAAUACUGACAUCUCUUCAAUUUUCUCUUUCCUUUUUUCUAUCAGUUUCUACUUUUUACACAUUUGAUAGAGCGACAGAUACUGAGAUGCAAAUGAAAACUGAAAUGACCGUGUAAAAUUCCCUUUAUAUAUCUAAAGAAUAGAGAAGUGGCACAGGAACUUCAUGAGGAAAAUUAUUAGCUAAAAUGCGUUAAAAGGAAACUUGACAAAAUUCAGUUGCAAUGCAUUUUUCUUGGUGGUCGUUAAAGUUCAUCAUUACUCUUUGCAACCUAUUGUUAAGAAUUGUGUACUUGAUAUACUUUAGAUUCCUUGUACCUUCGAAGAAAGAAAUAACAAGGAAACAUCAUAAAUUCAUAAAAUAACUCAAAGUCGUUCGUAAAAAGUCCUGUUGAAACCAGUUUAUUGCAGCUAAUAACUUUCUGUAGUAGGCUAUAGAUUGGAAAAGCAAGAAACCCAAAAACACGUACCACGUGAUAAAUCUUUAGUUUGACUACCUGUUAUUAUAAUGGAAAUGUAUACUGGUUGUCACUUUACUGAAUAGAACAAUAAAUUUAGGAAAUUUUGAGACAUCAAAACUGAUUAUUAUGACGUUUAAUUUGAGCAGCACACAUUUUGUGUGCUGCUCAAAUUUGGUAACUACCUGUGUUUAUUAACUGUGACGAGUGUUGCCAUACCAUUAUGGUUGCCAUUGCCUAAAGUUUACCACUGAAGGAAAGUGGUUGGGUUGUUAUAUGAAUAAUUCACUACUUAAUGCAUUAAGUGAUAUUACUUAUUAAAGAAUAUUUACUCCUUUGUUUUUGAGGCUAUUGAAGUAUUUUCUAAAUGCAUGAAAUAUUUACUUAAUUUCUAAUAGCCCACAGUGAAAUUAACGAAUUAGGGUCGAAUUUGUCUCAAAGGAUAUAGACUGAUGGAUUUUGGCUUUUUAAUCACCAAUAAAAGUAGAAUGAAAUUCAAUAUUGAAAUAAAGAAAAA